AUGCUGUCGCAAAAUAUCUUCGUCGCCGCCGCUCUGGCCAUCACUAGCAGCCAAGCAUCCCUCGUCAACAUCCGCGCAGUCGCCGCCGGUUCGGACGCAUAUAACUGCCACGACAACUGCGGCAACGCGAUCCUCGAGGUCCAAGCCGCGAGCGCAGACAUCUGCAGCGACAACAUCUUCCUGACCGACUACGCGAACUGCCUGCUCUGCGCCGGCGAGGACAAGGACAACAUCUGGAAGUAUUACGGCUCGCAACUGACAAGUGCGGCGGCAGGCUGCGGGUUGUCGACCACGCCUUAUGCCGGCUCGACCACGAGCACCAUCCAAUCCGCCCUCGUCGCCCAGACGGCCCCGGCGGCCUCUGCCAGCACGACGGCUGAUGCGAGCGUCAGUCCUACAGCAGCUGCGACCACGAGUACUGAGACUGCGGGCUCUGUGGGUACUACCAGCGUUAUCUCUUCUACUGCCUCCGCCAAUGCCACCGCAACCUCGAUCGUCACGGCCGGUGCUUCCACUAUCUUCGAGAAGUCAAUUCUUGUCACCGCUGUCUUUUUCGGAGCAGUCGUUACGCUCAUGACCCUCUAG